AUGCGUUUCACCAACGUCCUCGCCAUCUUUGCAUCUGCCACUGCAACCUCAGCACUCCCGCUUUCUAUCCUUAAUGGUCUCUUCGGCACUGCCCCAACGGCCAACUCAUUGGUGCAGAGUUUGGGAGCUGUAAACAACGAGCUUGUUAAGUUGAACGUCAGCCUUACCGGGCUCAACUCAGCAAACUUGCAAUCUCAGGCCACUGGUAGUGGAAGCAAUGUCAACGAUUUACUCAACAGAGUCCUUGGACCUGUUCUGCAAUCGCUCACUGGGAACGGUGGUCUUCAGACUGCAUACACCACUGCUUUGAGCCAGCUUGCCACUCUGAACAGCCAAGGCGUCACUCUUCCGCAAGCCCAAGCUGCUCAGGUUGCCAGCGCUCUCACCACCUACCAGGCUCUGUUACCCCAGGUGUUGGGGCAAUUGCAGGCCGCCCAACCUGCGAUUACUACGGCAUCGGGAAGUGGUCUUCUUGGGUUGGUACAGAACCUUCUUGGCGGGAGCUUGGUCGGCAGCACCGGCGGCGCCGCUACUCCGGUCAGCACUGUUCAAAACUGGCUCUCAACUACCCUUAACAACAACGGCAACCUCCUCGGCGCAGUCAGCACUAUUCUCCAGCGAGUGCAGCCUACAAUCCAGUCCACUCUUCAACAGGUUACCGACCUUCUUCAGGGACUCAUCCGGGCCCAAGUCACCGUUUACGGCGCCUAA